AUGUUACCAACCGCCCUCUUCCUCCGGGCUGUCCUGGCUCUCGCCGGCGCCUGCCUCGCCAUGCCGUCGGCGUACCACAUGUUCCCUCGGGUCAUGGUGCCACAGACACAUUACGAGGUGCUGAGCAUGCGGGCCUCGACACAGGUCAACCCGCGGGCGGCCCUCGACACGCGAUGUAUCGACAGGAAUGCCCGCAUCGUGUUCCACGACCAGAACGUGGCCGAGCUGGACAUUUGCGGCGGUAUCGCCGGCGCCGUGACCAAGUGCGGCGGCCAGCCGGGGCCGUCGACGACGGGCCGCUCUGGCACCGCCCUGUUCACGCUCCGCGCCGCCGACGCAGGCGCUACCAUCAACAUCUCCAAGGGCCGCUGGGAGCAGUGCGUGCGCGCCGCCCGCUCCGUGUGUCCCACUGGCAGCCUGGCCGCCACGUGUGUUGGUGGCGCUACCUCGGGCAAUGUCGCGUUUACGCUCACGCCUAUAUGA